GUUCAGAUUAAUCAUAAUUCUCCUGUCGUGCAAGGAGUCGUGCAAGGAGCAAAUCAAAUCAACUUGAUGCUUCAAAGUGCCCGUGAGAUCGCAAACAAUUAUCUUCUCCCAGAAUUUCAACUUCCCACCAUUGUCAUCAUUGGAGAAACAGGUGUUGGUAAAAGUACGCUGGGCAAUAUGGUACUUGGUUUAGGUCCAGAAAAUGAAAAAUUUCGGACUUCGGAUUCUGGUGAUUCCGUUACUCAGUAUUGUGAGUUCGCUCCAGUGACGAUUGAUGAUUCUCAGUAUAUUCUUCUUGAUACGCCUGGAUUUAUUGAUUCAGCUAUGCCAGAUUCCAAAACGUGGAAAAAACUUGGAGCUGUGAUCAACAAAUGCGCUUAUGGCGUCAAAGCCGUACUCUUGGUGAUGGCUGCGGGAAGAUACACUCAAUCUCACCAAAUCGUGGUCGAGUCAGCAAUCAACUUUCUAGGAUAUCAAAGUCUGGAUCACAUCAUUGUCGUAUUCACCAAAUGUUCAAAAAAGCAAAUCCAGGAUCCACAAGUAUUGCUCGAUGGUCUUUCCAAAAAACAAAAGGAGCUUCUUGAACGAGUUCACGAUCGCUGGAUUAUCGUUCCGAAUCCCGAUUACUUUGACGCAGAUAGUCCAGAAACGGUCGAGAAUUUGACGAAAUUGAAAAAACAUAUCAACUCGAUUAAUGACAUUUACACUAAGUCGAUAUUUCAGUCAGUAAAAGAUGCGCAGCAGCAAAGGUUGUUGCAACUCCAGGGUGAAAUUGAAGCAUCGUUCCAGGCUUAUGAUCAGGAACGUCUGGUUGAUGGUGAUGACUUAGCGAAAGAACGUUUCCAAGAACGUAUGGCGAAAAUUCGAGCCGAGAUGGAUGAGACUGGUAUCACAAGAGCUGCUCAGUUAGCAAAGAGUAAUGGGUGCUUUAGUUUGGAUACUAUGGUUACACUGGAAAAUGGAAAAAGUCUGAGUUUGAAUGAAGUGAAAGUUGGGGAACGUAUUCUAAGCCAUACAAAAGAUGGACGACUUGAAUAUUCGGAAGUUUAUAUGAUUGCUCAUUACAACGCUGAUGAGCCAACUGAAUUCUUGCAGAUUGCCUUCUCUAAUGGAGUAAAUAAAGGAAAAUUAAACUUAACGCCAACUCAUCACAUUCGAAUGGCCGAUGGCUCGUUCCAAUAUGCAAACCGAAUUCAUCCCGAAAAAUCAAACCUUUUGUCCAUAAUCGAGAAUAAAUUGGUGCCGACCGAGAUCGUCUCGAUUGAACAUGUCAUUAAAAGAGGAUACAUUUGUGUUUUCACUCAUAGUGGCACCAUCAUUGCCGAUGGUAUCCAAUGUUCUUGUUAUAGUAACUGUAUCCCAUAUCAGAACAUUAUUCAUCUCGUGCUCUCCCCGCUACGUCUCUACUCAAAAGUUGGUCGUAUUCAGGGGGAUGGCCAAGCAAUGCAUCCGUAUCUUAAGAUACUGAAGACAAUGUAUGAUUUUGGUAGAAUGAAAAUAAGAGGAUAA